AUGGCCGAGAGCAACUCACCAUUUGGUCCCAUCCCGGACGGAGACGACGACUUCGUCAACACUCUGGAAGGUCUACUCCGACGUCUGCGGGAGAGGGCACGUCGCAAGAAGGUACUUAUGUUCAGCUUGACGCCAUCCGAGAGACUGAGUAACGCGUUGAGCCAGUCCUCGGACCUGACGUCGACGUUGGAAAACGUCCAUAACCUGAAUCUCCAGGAAGGUCCACCUAUCCACGCAAAGGAAACUAACAUCCCGCCGUCGACUGAGGGUGGUGUUGGGCGUUUGUGGACUGAGGACUUCCUGUUCGAGCAUCUCGAGUUCUUGCACGCGCACAGUCCGAUAGCCAAUGACGCUGCGUCCAGUGGUAUCGUCAACGCCUUCGUGUAUCUGGCUCUGGAUAUCGUCAACACGCGUACGGAUUGGUCGACUGGCGUCGCCGAGUCCGACGCGAAGAUGACCGAGGCCCGGGUGGUACCUACCACACUUACCACCUCUCAGAUGCCAUAG